AUAAUAUACUCCGAAGAGGAGGGAGGAGAAGAAGAGAAGCAACCGCAGAGGAGCGGAGCUUUGGGGAGGAACAACAAUGGCGGAGACCCCAUCUCCAUCUCCUCCACAUUCUACUUCGUCUUCUUCUUCCUCGAGCCAUGGCCGGAUCCUCCAAUUCGCCCCGUUCCAGAGCCUCGUCGAUGACGGGUUCUGGCGCCGCCUCUCCUCCCUCAAGCUCGACACCCUCGGCGUCGACCAAUCCCCCAUCCCCAUAACCGGUUACUAUGCGCCCUGUUCUCAUCCCCGAGUUUCGAACCACAUGACGCUUCUUGCGGAAUCGUUCUCGGUGGUGCCGGAGGCUCCUCGGGGUAAUCGGAACAGAUGCCCUGUUCCGGGGGUUCUAUUGAACACGAACACAUUGCCAAGCUUUCGUACACUUGAUCGGGAGUCUUUGCUGCAGAAGGAAGCGAAAAAGAUUUUGGAGGAUAUUUGCUCCGGAAAAGUAGAAGAAGAUCCGGGGGUGCUCUCGAGUUUCCUUGUCAUAUCAUAUGCAGAUCUUAAGAAGUGGGGAUUCCAUUACUGGUUUGCCUUUCCUGCAUUGGUGCUCGAUCCUCCGGCAAGCUUACUUGAUCUGCGGCCCGCUUCGGAAGUCCUCAGUGCAGAAGAGGCGGCAUCGCUGUCCACAGCAUGUAACAAAUGGCGCAGUUCAACCCUAACUGCAGAUAUUCCAUUCUUUUUGGUUAGUAUAAGUUCGAACUCGCAGGCCAAUGUUAGGCCGUUGAAGGACUGGGAAGUCUGUCAAGGUGAUGGCCAAAAGAUACUGUAUGGAUUUUAUGAUCCAUGUCAUCUCCCAAAUAACCCCGGCUGGCCUCUUAGAAACUUCCUGGCUUUUAUUGGUUUGAGAUGGAAAGUUGGGAGAGUCCAAUUCUUCUGCUAUCGAGAGAAACAUGGUUUAGCUGAUCUUGGGUUGUCCCUUAUUGGUGAAGCCUUAGUUUCACCACCAGAAGCUUGGAGAGAUCCUCAGUCUGUUCCUAAAGCAGUAGGCUGGGAACUUAAAGGAGGGAAGUUGUCAUCUAGAUUUAUUAGCCUUGCUGAAUCCAUGGAUCCAGAGAGGUUGGCUAUAUCUGCUGCGGACUUGAAUUUAAAGCUCAUGAGAUGGCGGACAUUACCGUCUUUAAGUUUGGAUGUGUUGUCCAGUGUUAGAUGUCUACUUUUAGGUGUUGGUACACUUGGAUGCGAGGUUGCUCGUAUUCUUAUGGCUUGGGGUGUUAGAAAAAUAACCCUUGUUGAUAGUGGCCGGGUUGCUAUGUCUAAUCCCGUUAGACAAUCUCUAUAUACAUUUGAGGAUUGCCUUAAUGGCGGUGAACUCAAAGCCAUUGCAGCAGCUAGAAAUCUAAAGCGUAUAUUUCCAGCCGUGGAAGUCGAAGGUGUUGUCAUGGCAAUACCAAUGCCAGGGCAUCCUGUUUCUGCAAAUGAAACAGCUAGCUUGCUUGAGGACUGCAAGCGUCUUCAAGCAUUGAUUUCUUCCCAUGAUGUGGUCUUCUUGUUGACGGACACCCGAGAAAGCAGGUGGCUUCCGACACUCCUCUGCGCGAAUGAAAACAAGAUAGCUAUAACUGCUGCACUAGGGUUUGACAGUUACCUGGUUAUGCGUCAUGGGGCCGGUCCUCUCAUCUCUAUACCUGCUAACGCUGAUGGCUCUAGCGGUACAAGUGAAGAUGUUAAUGCUUUCUCUGCUAAGAUAAAUAAAUUGUCUACAGAAGAUGUGGAUGGUGAUCAACGGCUGGGGUGUUAUUUUUGCAGUGAUGUUGUUGCUCCUGUUGAUUCAAUUUCCAACCGUACAUUGGACCAGCAAUGUACAGUAACUCGACCUGGGCUUGCACCGAUUGCUUCUGCCCUCGCAGUGGAACUGUUGGUGGGAAUUCUACAUCAUCCAGAAGGGAUAUAUGCACCAGGUGAGAGUACCAGCUCCAUUUUGAGCAGCACUGAGCAACCGCUUGGUAUAUUACCCCAUCAGAUUCGAGGUUUUCUUCCGCAGUGUUCUCAACUAACUCUAAUUGGCCAGUCAUCGAGCAGUUGUACUGCCUGUUGUGAUAUUGUCGUAUCAGAAUAUAGAAAAAGAGGAACGGAUUUUAUCAUCCAAGCUAUCAACCACCCGACUUAUCUCGAGGAUAUAACUGGUCUAACAGAGCAGAAGAAGUCAGCAAGCUCUUUUCUGGUGGACUGGGACAAUGAGACAGACGAUGAUGCCGAUUUCUGACAGACAAGAACUUUUAGCGGUGGCUGCUGGACAAGCAUGCUGAAUUUGUAUGUAAUACGCUUGUCUACUGCUUUCUACUGAAACAAAGGCUACAAUAUACUCUUUCUAGUGAUUUGUGCUUACCAACGGUUUUUAGUUCCUUUUCUUCACAAGAGUUACAUUGUGCAAAUUAAAAAAUGUUCUGUUAUUCUGUUUCUGAUUUCAUUAGUCAAGUAGAAGGAACUACAUUUCAAAGAGUUGUUUCUGUAAAAAUUGCAUACUGUUGUCUGAUGUAAAGCAGCCAACUAUGCCAAAUUUAAUUGUAGUUUCGUAUGGCUUGGCGUUUAGAUGUU